GAACUAUCGGCUGAAACCUUCUUGAGUCGACGAAGUUAUACUACAAGAUGUUUAUUCCAACAAUCUGCAACUGAUUCAAUACGCAGUUCAGGUUUCCUCAAACACAUAAUCUGAGAAAUGGGCAAAGCAACUUUAUUGCUUCUGCUUGCAGUGAACUGUCAAGCAUACUUUGACUGGGAAGCAUACUUUGGAGCUCGACCGGGUCCGUUCUUUGGACCCUUUUAUCCCGCACAAAAUCGGCGCUUUUACCCCACUUCACCACGGGAAGAAUAUGCACCUGCACCAGAUCCUUUUUUGGGAAGUUUUUACCCCGAUUAUCCACAGGAGAAAGCUUUUACGCGGGGACCUUAUGAUUCUGAUCAGAGAACGAAAUCGCCAAAGAGAGACUAUCAGCUAGAGGAGCUUGUAAGAAAAAUGCGUGAAGCCGAUGUUGACAAAGCUGGACCGUACGAUUACGAAGUCGACUACGGUUAUCCAGCUGGAGGCCGUAAUGAUGAAAGUGAUAAUGAUUUGUUCGUUAAUGUAAAUGAAACUCUGUUCAAGCGACCGGUUUAUGCACUUCUGGUAAAUUUAGUAAACAGAGGAGUAUUCCAGCAUGAUGUCUGCGAGAAUGAACGGCCACUUAUUGGUGCUCGACGGGAACAGCUUCAAACUUUAUUGGAUACUUGGACAAAUACUGAAGUGUUCAAAUUAGCUUAUGAGUAUAUGAAUAAUAAAGGAGAGGAGCAUUCAGACAGUUUUGAAGAGCUCAAAGAAUUUCUUUUCGACUUUUGGUUUGGCACAUACUCACGCUGUUCAGGACGAGCCCAAGGAAGCUCCGGAUUUGAACAUGUAUUUACUGGAGAAUGGAAGAGAGGUACUGUCGGAGGACAUCACAGCUGGGUUACUUAUUACUUAGCGCAAAAAAAGGGACAGAUUAAUUAUUAUGGAUAUCAUAGCCAACGCGGAAAGCUUACGGGUACCUUCCAGUAUGACUGGAAUGGCUUCUUCAAGGAAACGGGCGGUUUUCUGUUCGGGACGUCCCCAGCGUUUGACUUUGCCUUAUUUACUGUUUGCUCCCUGACGCAUUCUGGAAAACACGGAUGUCAAUUUUAUAUCGAUGCUGUUAAGUUAACAGUAACCUCAUUCACUCAAAGCAAUGUUGACCUGUUGCAGACUUUUAUCAUCACUGAAAAAGGUAAUGAGAAGAACAAUGCAUAUGUAUAG